AGAUCAUUUUUGCCGCAGAUGAGAACUUUAUUUUAUCAACAGACACGAACGAAGUUUUAGUUUUGCUUUUGAUGAACCCAGUGCUUCCUCCUCCUUUACCCACUACCUUUACCUUAAAUGUAGUCACAACAUCUAGGGGUUCUUGUCGAAUGAUACUGGUGGAGAGAGAGACAUUAUAAACUAACAGCAUGAAGAUGUUGAGCAUUUAGCAUAAUUGCAAUUGCAUAUUUUACGGUUGUUGGGAUUCCGACAGAUCCAUGUCUACAAUCUGAUGAAUCGCUCUCGCUGUAUUAACUUUGUAUGAACAUUCUUUAGCUUUAGGUUCGUGUCCUAAUAAUCUCUACUACUAGUAGUUGUAAGUAAGUAACAACUACUGACUCGCUUAACACACUUAAGACUAAGAACUACGUAAGUCGCCUAAAAAGACUAAGAACUACGUGUACGUAAGUCGCCUUGUACUUUCUGUGUUCCGUGAAUAUUCAUUGGUCGUGUAUCAACCAUGUAACUCCUCGUCCUCGAUUGUGUACAUUCUCUAGGUCCACCUCAAAAAUCGUAUUUAUGAGGAAGAUGACACUCGUUCUUCUACUUUUAUUUAAUUUUACUUUGGACCACGUAGCACUAGCAGCUGACGUUAUGAUAGCCUAUUGAUCAUGGCUCUUCAGCAGCCACUCUGUCAAAUGCCGCUGCCCUCAGGAAGGAAUGGCCGCGGACCUCUGGCGGGGGAGGUGGAUACUCCGCGAUGUCGCUUCUGUCUGCAAGAAGGUGGCACAGAAACUUGGCCGAGGAGUGUUGUUGGAGGUGGUCUUCAGAAACUCCGAAAAAGCGACCAUUUUUCAUCUCGUGAUAUCAUUAUAAGCUCCGCAUGCGCAUCAACAUCAAAAGAUGUAGUUGAUGGCGAACAAGAAGCUUUGGAAGAAAAGCUCAUUGCAGCGUGUGGCUGCGAAGGUAGCGCAAAAUGGGUCCACCUCAGUUGCUUGCGAAAAUGGCAGAGAACGAUUCAACUGAAUAUGCAAUCGAAUCCGGAUGCUGGCGGACGUGAGAAACGUCAUCAACAAUGCAACCUGUGCCUGCAAGCCUUCAAGUUUCAGUUAAGGCGUAAAAAGAUCAGAAUCCUUUCUUAAUCAAUGUUAAUCCAUCAGGACGGACGAGUACAAGCUGCAUCAUCGUCUUCGUCUCCCCAUGAUGAAUAUAUAAUCCACUUACUUACAACUUCCGGGUAUAAUAAUUAUGUACUACAACUUCAGGAUGGUGCUUUAAUCUUUAAAUGUUUAUCUUCAUCUAGAUCUAGAAUCAUGUGGUGAGUAUCUUGAUCAUCAUGCACAAGCACAACAGAUCGACAUCCACCUCUUCUAAUGUAGCCACUAUCACGUCGAGACUUGCUUGAAGAUUUGACGGGGUUGCAGCCGGAAGCCUUGCAGGUAGGGAGAAUGAUGCUGCACGAGCGCGAAGAAGAGAGGAGUAGGGCACGCCUUGAAUCUUUGCCGCUUAUGAUCCGAGUCAUAGUGGAAAUGAAGCACCAACACUUUCGAAACAGUGCUUACAUGCUGGUAUGGUUUGACUUUUUGAGUAGUCCUCUCGUGCUGUUAUUUUUUUUUGUGUGCCUUGAAGACCGAUAGAAUUUGAACUUUCAGCGACUGGUAAAGACUCACGAGGUUCUUGUUCAAGCGUGACAUUCACUCACUCUUACCUCUUCACAUGAUCAUGACAAAAAUCAAAUCCAAUUUCAAACUGAUAAAAAUGUUUAUAGUCUUGUUAUAUCACCUUGUUGUUCAGGUCGACGAGGAGGAGGAUGAGAAGCUUAUCGGUUUUAAUCUAGUGAGACCAAUUCAGUUGAGUCUAGACGAAUGGAACGGUCCGCAUAAGGGAUUGCGCGAUUUCAUACGGGAGCAGCAACGAGUUCGCGUCUUUACCCUAGCCGGUGGGCCGUGUCAGACGCGGAAGUGCCAGAUUCUUGCCAUAUUGGAUAAGGAACGUCUACGAGAACGCAUGAUCCUGGCAGAAAGCGUUCUGCUCAUGAGCGAGCAACAGAGGACCGAACAACGAAUGUAUCUACGAGAACAAGAAGUCGAAGGAGGUGAUCACGUGGGUAGUGCUGGGCUUGGAGCCAAGAAUGCUUUUAUUCUUCACUCUGGAGCAGAAGAUAAUCAACAUAGAGAACCAGCAGAUGAAGAUCUUCAAGAUGCGUCCUCCAGUACUAAAACAAGGCCGCCUCAUCCUCAGCAACACCGUGGCGUAGUCGGUAUUCGGGGAAAAAGACGUAGGGCAAGUAGGCUGCGUCGAAUACUCGAAUUGGCUGGAGAUGAAGAGCUAUUGCUUUCGCAGGAUCAGAACAAGCUUGGAAGUCGAAGUAUGAGAAUGCUCCUACACGAACAGCAGUUGCAGGAGUAUAACUCAUCUUGUGGACGAUCAACAUUAUUUCCCUGCUCUCCAACUCUUAACGUCGGAGAUGAGGUUGGAGAAGUAGGAGGUGAGCGAGACUUUGCAGGAGUUCCAGCUGCACCUGCGAAUGUUGCGAUCAUAAAGAGGGCUACUUCUACUUCGACAGAUGUUGAUGCGAACAAAAAUAACGAAGACCAAGAAGACCCUCAGCAUGUUGUUGCAGGAGCAUCUCUUGCUUCUCGUCCGACUACCGCAACAAAUAAUGAUGAACAUCACCUUCAGGGAAGCUCCCUCAACGCGAUCAUGCAAAUAAAAGAACAAGCUCCCCAUCCCCUGGCUGCCAUUAACCGAUCUUCAAGUUCUACGUUUUUGUCGAUCCCACAGUCGUCGGGAGAUCAUCUUCCCUCGGCUUCGGAGGUACCUUCUUCAUUGUUUUCGGGUUCACAAGGCGGGAGCUCGGAUGAUGACUGCGAUUUUGGCGGGUCACCUGAAGAACACUCAGGAGAAGGAGAUGGAACAACAAACCCUUCUGUUCCUAGAAACCCUAUGCUUCGGGAAAAUCCCUGGUACCUUUUAGCGGUUAUAUCAGAAAAUAGCACCAGUAGCUCUAGAAGUAUGUUGGACCAGCAAGGGAGUAGUGGGGGUGGCAGUAAAGCUCCCAGAGGUUUAACAUCAGGCGACCAAGAAGUUCUUCUUGCACAACCACCAGCAGAGGUUGCGCCACUUCUCCCAGCACAUCAACAACAGGACGAAGAAAAAGACCAAUCAUCGUCCCCAAGCAAUAGCCGUAGAAAGAAGCCUGCGAUACCUGCGAACAUGAGUGAGCACGAGAGGGCGAGUUCCGACAUCAGUACUAAGACUCGUCUCUUUAUUUCCCCUCGAACCCCAACUGGCGCUGGUAUAACGCUUCCAGCUAUGACUAAUACUACAUCGACUAGUGUGUCUCAAGGACAUGGGAGUCUACUUCAAGUGGAAGAACAUCAAGUAGACCGUGUGCGCCCAUUGUCGCCAGCAACGAUUUCUCUGACAGGAAGUUUGCUAGGCAGUACGGGAGAAUUACGCUCGUCUGAAAGCACCACACCAAGGCCGCUUCACGAGGAACACUCGCGUCGUGCAUCCCAGCCUCCGAAUGGUAGUAUCCAAGAGCUGCAGCAGGUGGAUUCAUCUACAAAUUUAUCGGUUUCACCUGCAGCUCUCUCCACCGCUUCUGCGCCUGGAUCUAAGACAACGACAAGUGGACUAGUUGGUAUAACUUCAACAAGUAGCACUGGUGCUACUUCAUCUGCGGCUAGAAGUUUGACUGCGCCAAUCAAUGCUAUGCUCCGCUUAUCCGCAGGUGCCGUGUCCCACGUGAGCAGCAAAAUUUCUUAUGCUGGAACAAGAACAGGUGGAGCCAGUAGCGUCCUCAACAACGCACCGACAACAUCGACGAGUCCUAGAUCAAUUUCAAUACAAAAUCAACAUCAGGGAACAGGAACAACUCAUUUUGGUUCUGCAGAGUUUGGUUCUGAGAACUUCUCACCUGGAAGACAUUCACCACACCCGACACCAAGAAGCGCAAGCAGUUACAACAAUCAAGAACGCAGGACCGGAAGACCGCAGAUGUUGAACCAGAACCAGACUCGUACAAAUUCCGCGAAUAGCGGAGGAGGUGGACAGGGUCGUGGACAGGAGCAUCCUUCUGCGUCAUCACGGGAACUACCAAGCGCACGCAGCCGCGUGCCGCGUAGCAAUUCGGUGAAAACGACGUCCGCUAGACUCCGCGUUCUGGCUUCAGACGACGAGCGCGUCUUAGUUUACUGCAGUGACGCGGACGCUUUUCUGAAAAUAGAGGACCUAAGGAGUUCCGUUCGCGACUACAUGGGCGUCGUUUUUGGUCGCGCAGAGUGGUCAAGGACACAGUUGCUAGGAGAAUACGCGCGCGGCGCUUGGGGCCUCAUGCCCGACCGUGAUCUUCACGAAGUACCCGGAGACGGAGGCGGCGGUGGAAGAAGUAAAGAAAAAGAUCUUGAUGUAGAAAAAAUAGCCGAACAGGAGGGUUCUUCACAAAAACAAGAAAGCACACCAGUAGUCGAAGCUGAAGAUCUUCAAGAGAAGCCUUCAACUAAAAGAGAUGAAAAGGUCCUCGUUUUCCGUAGAGCACUUAAAGUUUUACCUGGCUAUAUUUUCGAUAACUUAGAGAAAGACGCUUUGUUCGCGAGGCCUAAUGAGAUGUCAAAGGCCGCUCAUGAGCAAUAUAAUAGGGAGACGGCAGCCCUAGCCGCCAUGAUGCCACAGCCUCCAGCACUUCCACCUCGUCAAACCAAUGUGGUCGCGUCUAGAGGUGGUACUACGGGAGUAAGUGGAGGUUGCGGAACUAGUACAACUACUGCGCCAUCAAAUGCUAAUGUAGAAGUGGUACGUGGUCGUGAGGUGGGUCGUGAGCAGCAAAGAGACGCUCUUCCUCUUCCAUCUAAUCAUGAGUCAUCCUCUCAACUAGAACAAGUUUUACCAGUAGUUGCCAAUAUGCAACGACGCAGGGAAAGCGAACAAAGUAGUCCUGGAAAUGAAGUUGCAGCUUCAUCUGGCCCCUCACAAGUUCACGACCAAGACGGUGAUUACAAUUACCUAGGUGGGGGUGGAGGAAGAAGUGCUAGUGCCAGUGCCGGUCUACCACACGAAACUACGACUACAUCAUUGGCAUCACCAUCUUCAAUUCCUACUCCUGCAGGAAGUACUAGAAGAAGGUCAAUUAGUCAUGAUGACCUGCAUCCUGUACCUGUAGCUCCUGUUCCCCCACCUGCCAUGAUGUCCUCACUAGCCGAAGACUGGUCCCCGACGCAGGGUCUGGCUCCGACGUCGGGUGUUGUGGUUAGACAAGACGAUCGAGGGUCUAUGGUGCUCGUAGGAACGUGGAAUCGAAGGCAGAGAGCUGAACAACGCGUCAGAGAAUUCCAUGAGCAAAUAGAUCAAGUGGAACGAUUAUAUGGGCUCUCGACACCAACUACGACUACGUCCUCUGGUGGAAAUGGUGGUGGUGGUGCGACGAGCACCGCAAAUCCGCUGCAUUCGAGCUCCCUUGAUACAUCCGAGGCCAGCACUGCUGUCACGACCGGGAGUAGUAGAAGAGCGACAGGAGCAAGUGCCUCUCAACAUGUUGAUCACUUUCCACGGCAACCAUCUUCUCUCGCCUCAGAAGGACUGCGUGACGGAGCUGGAGGCGACAAUAAGGACGUAUCUUCUUCUAGUAGUCUUGAAGGAUGUACCACCACCACUGAGGCUCCUCAUGAAUCAUCGGGAGCUCCUAGCAGAUUUGCCUCUGCUCUUGAUCGAUCACCCUUGACGCGGAUGGUGCGCUAUCUAGAGCAACAGAUGCGACAUAGACGAUAGACAUCACCACGGUGCUGGGCAACUACUAGUAGUGUCUGCAUUCGACAAUAUAAUUAGAAAUUAUACAUAGAUCGUCAAAAUUCGCUUUCGCAUAUGAUUGUUUAGAAGAAAGGUCUCGAUAUGAUCCCAGUAUUUAUCAAUCAUGCCUUUUGAGUUAGACGUACCCGAAUAUCCUUCAAUAUGCGCAACAUGACCUUGUGUACCACAGCUUCCUCUAUUUAGUGCUGGAGCAGAGACAUAUUUUUACCGGCUGCGGCAGAAAGUAAAGAAUUACGACAAUGAUUUUUGCAUCCCACCCAAUAUUUUCGCUUACAAUAUUCUUUAUCAGACCAACUACAUGUAGUUGACCCCGAUGUACCUCGAACGAGUGCAACCGGAACCGCAACGUCAGCCUAAUUAUAGGGCUUUCACUAGAUGAGUUCUUUUUCCGCUGAAAGUUUUCCAUUUCCUUGUUUUCUAUGUGUUCGCUGCCUCUACUUUGAGCGAUCGUUUGUGUUACUUUCAAUUUCCUUAAAACAGAAAUUGAUUAAUUGUGUGUUAAAAGCCGAAAAAAUGAGCAAGCCGUAGCCUGCCCGUGUUGUAAUCUUGUGACCCUUUGUUCUUCUGAUGGUAUUCAGCUUCUGUAUCCUAACCUUUUCAGGGGGCUUGUAUGAUUUCCCGCACGGCGUCCUUUGUAGUAGUAGAAGUUUUAUGGUUGUAGAGAAUCUGAAAAUCAUUCAAUACUCUUGUCUACAGUAGGUCCACGAUGUUGUACAUCCUUAACCAACAUCCUUGUCCCCUUGGACUUCUUUCUCGUAGUUGUAAAAUCGUGAACAGACUUAGAUUUUUUUGUGAAAGACCGUAGUUGUGUUACUUUAACUUUUGUGAAAGACCGUAGUGUUACUACACUCGUAUGUAGUUGUAGUAGUUUUAGUUCUUCUUGUACAGAAACAGAUGUUUAAAACUUAUAAACUUGGAGGACCCUCUCCUCUUCUUAGAAGUUCUAUCUUGAAUUUUUUCGAUCUUCAUUGUUUGAACGAGAUCUAGUACUUUGAAAUUGAGAUAUACUGAGACUCCCUUCAUCUGCUCCAGGACGCCCACGUCGUGCUUCUCCCUAUUGGCACAACGUGGCCCGCGCCUUUCUUCGAUCCCCUGAAGAUGAUUCCCACAGAAUGCUAGGUUGUACCAGUAUGUAAGUAUGCGGGAAAUCCUGAACAUGUUUGACGGCGAAUCAAAUCAC